CAUGUUACGGUCCAAUAAUUUCAUAACUUCAGCUCUACACACUCUCUAGUCUCUCCUCUACCUCACUCUACUUCACGCUUACGGAGAAAAUUCCAACCUCCACUCCCCCACCAUGCCCAUCGCCAUACAAAAUUCUCCCACCCAUUUCUCUCAUUUCUUUCUCUCUCCGCCGAAAUCCUACCAGGUUCAUAUACUUUCUCACCCAUCUGCUUUAAUUUUCGACUCUCUCAUCGUUUUUAGGGUUAAUUCAUCUCCGAUCCUUUCCGACCCUAAUCCCAAACUCAAUUCUAUCGCUUAUAUGUUUUUGUCUUAUUGCUUUUCUCUCUUCAUUGACUUUUAGGUUUAAGAUUUUGUUUUGCAAAUUGAGGUUGUGUGAUUGAAGUUUGGAUCUAACCGAGGAUGUUUGCUUUAUUGGUCGAGUCUGUAGAUAGAUCAUGGUUGAAUACUUUAUUCGCAUUCUGAUUCUGAUUGUUAUAAAGACCCAUUCUCGGUGUUCAAAAGAAAACGAACUAUGAUGGGGGAAUCUUGUUUGCCUUCUUUACUAAAUAGCAUAAUCUGUUUUUGUCGGAGUAUCGUAAUCAUAUAUUUGGAAUUUAUCUCCUUCGAUCUGUUACCAUUUAUAUAUCUUUCUUGGGGUUUUUGUCAUCGUCUUUUUCGCUAGUUGUCCGCUUUUUUGGUUUUGUUUCGUCCCUAACUUUAUUUCUUGCCAUUUCAAUAGAAACCUUGGUGCUCGGGUUGUGUGGAGUGGAGGAGUACUAAGACGCGUGGUGGUAAUUAAUAUUGGUACUCCUAAUGAACAGAGAUAAUAAAAUGGCGUCUGCAAGCCUAGGAGAUGGGGGAGUUGGUAGUUCUAGGUCUGUCAAUGGCUUCAAGGGUUCAUCAGGAAAAUAAAAGCCAGCAUCGUGGGAAGUGGAGAAUCAUGGAGAACGAAGAAACAGAACCUCAUGUUCUGAUCUUCCCCUUCCCAGCUCAAGGCCAUGUCAACUCUAUGCUCAAACUCGCCGAGCUUCUUUCUCUCUCCGGCCUCCGUAUCACCUUCCUUAAUAUCCACCGAAUUCACCACAAACUCACUCUCCACACAAACUUUCAAUCUCGUUUCUCUCGCUUUCCCAAUUUCCAAUUCCAAACGAUCACCGAUGGCCUUCCCCUCGAAAAUCGCCCCAUCGGCAACUUCUCUGACUUGAUCAACAGUUUGAAAUCCAUCACCAAGCCGCUUCUCAAGGAGAUGCUGCUCUCCGGUGAAUUGGGUCCGACUCCCACUUGUAUAAUUCUUGAUGGGCUUUUCAAUUUCAUCUUCGAUGUUGACGCUCAUCCUAACAUCCCUGUUUUCAGUUUCCGAACUAUUAGUGCUUGUUCUUUCUCGGCUUAUUCAUUUGUUCCCAAACUCAUUGAAGAUGGUCAGCUUCCGAUUGAAGGGGAAGAAGAUAUGGAUAGAAUCAUCAACGGGGUGGUUGGGAUGGAAAAUGUUCUCCGAUGCAGAGAUCUCCCAAGCUUCUGCCGAUUGGAAGACCCAUUUGAUCCAAGACUUCAAUACGGCGUGACACAAACCAUACAAAGCUUCAAAUCCCACGCUCUGAUAUUCAACACAUUUGAGGAUUUGGAAGGACCCAUUUUGUCGUGUCUUCGAAGUCGGUGCUCAAACAUCUACGCGAUUGGACCUCUCCACGCCCACCUGAAAACCAAGCUUUCCAGUGAAAUAUCUCCGACGGCAUCAGAGUCCAAUAACGGCCUCUGGGAGGUGGAUCGAAGCUGCUUGGCGUGGCUUGACGCUCAGCCACCUAAAUCUGUUAUUUACGUUAGCUUUGGAAGCGUUGUAGUCAUCGAUGAUGACCAAUUGAGGGAGUUCUGGCAUGGAUUGGUGAAUAGUGGGAAGCGGUUUCUGUGGGUUCUGCGGCCCAAUUCCGUUGCCGGAAAAGAUGGGGUUCCAGCGGAGUUGGAGGAGGAGACAAAGGAAAGAGGUUAUAUAGUGGGUUGGGCGCCGCAAGAGGAAGUGUUGGCUCAUAAAGCCAUUGGAGCGUUUUUGACUCAUAGUGGAUGGAAUUCGACUUUAGAGAGCAUAGUUGCCGGCGUGCCGAUGAUUUGUUGGCCUCAAUUUGCGGAUCAGCAAACAAACAGCCGAUACGUGAGUGAAAUUUGGAAGAUUGGGCUGGAUAUGAAGGAUGUUUGCAACAGAGAAACAGUGGCAAAGAUGGUGAAUGAUGUAAUGGAAAAUAGGAAAAAUGAAUUGAUGGGUUCUGUUAUUGAAAUUGCAAAGUUGGCUAUUACAAGUGUGGAAGAAGGUGGAUCGUCAUAUUGUGAUUUGGAAAGAAUGAUUAAGGAUAUUCGAUUGCUUUGUCAACGACAGAAGGAGACCAUUGAUUGACACUUCAUUCUCUGUAUGUUUAAGCUUAUAAAUAUAUCGUUCUAGUUGAUUUAGCUAUGAAAACAUAAUUAUUGAAGAAGAUGGUUUACUUUGAUCAAUAAGUAGACGAUAGUAUAAACCAAAGUGAAAUUUAAACCACAGGAGAUUUUACAAAACAUGAUCAUAGAGUAAACAGACAUAGAAAAACAGGGAGAAACAUAGAACUUCAACCAGAGAUUUCAAUGGAUUUAAUUUCAGGCUUCUUCUCUUCCAUCUUAGGCACUGUCACCAUGAGAACUCCAUUCUCCAUACUAGCUUUCACCUCAUCGACUUUAGCAUUCUCAGGUAGCCUGAACCUCCUCAUGAAUUUGCCACUACUUCGUUCAAUUCUAUGCCAUUUGUCGUUCUUCUCCUCCUGUUCUUUGCUUCUCUCUCCACUGAUCUGCAGAACUCUUCCUUCUUCAACCUCAACUUUGACUUCUUGUUUGUUGAUUCCAGGAAGAUCGGCUGUGAAGAUGUGGGCUUGUGGGGUCUCCUUCCAGUCGAUGCGAGUGUUGGCAAAAGUAGAGGUUUCACGAGCAGAGGAAGGAAGGUUAGCCAGUGAAUUUGAGAAUGGGAAGCCUUGGAAUGGAUCCCAGACGUCUAAUGAAAAGGGGUCGAAGUCGUUGCUUCGGCGACCACGGAAAAAGCUUGGAAUGAGUGACAUGGCGGUGGAGGUGUUGGUUUGUGAAAAGAGGGUUGAGCGAAAUAUGAGUUAUUGCUUGGUGCUGAUGAU